CGGAGCGGUGACGUCACGGGUCAGGGGUCGCAGGGCCACGUCACCCGCAGGCCGUACUCUCUCCUCGCGUCUCUCCCCGCGAGAGUCCCGCCUGCGUCUCCUCCGCAGCCAUGGUGGCGAUGACGAUGAUAGCGCGGGUGGCGGACGGGCUUCCGCUGGCGGCCUCCAUGCAGGAGAACCAGCAGAACGAGCAGUUCGGCAGGAACCUGACGGAGUACCAGACGAAAGCCAAGCAGCUCUUCCGCAAACUCAACGAGCAGUCCCCGUCGCGCUGCACGCUGGAGGCCGGACCCAUGGUAUUCCACUACCUGAUCGAGAAGGGCGUGUGUUACCUGGUGCUGUGCGAGGCGGCCUUUCCGAAGAAGCUGGCCUUCUCCUACCUGGACGACCUGCACACCGAGUUCCACGAGCUCUACCACAAGAAGGUGGCCACCGUGUCGCGGCCCUACUCCUUCAUCGAGUUUGACACGUUCAUACAGAAAACGAAGAAGUCGUAUGUGGACUCGCGUGCAAGGAGGAACCUGACUUCCAUCAACUCAGAGCUGCAGGACGUGCAGAGGAUCAUGGUGACGAACAUCGAGGAGGUGCUGCAGCGCGGAGAGGCCCUCUCAGCUCUUGACACAAAGGCAAGCAACUUGUCAAGUUUGUCCAAAAAGUAUCGGCAAGACGCCAAAUACCUGAACAUGCGCUCGACCUACGCCAAGGUGGCGGCCGUGGCCGUCUUCUCCAUCAUGUUCAUCCUCUACGUUCGCUUCUGGUGGCUCUGAGUGUCCCGUGGCCACGUCCUAUUCGCUGAUCCCCACAGUCACUUCCUCCCACGUGCCUCCUUACCCAUCUCUUAUCCUGUCUUUCUACAUUGCCCUCUUCCACAACACACAUCACCACACAACACGUACACAAUGCACACAACACCACACACGCACAGCACACGCACAGCACAUGCACAGCACGCACAUAACAUGCACAGCACGCACAUAACAUGCACAUAACACGCACACAGCGCACUGUGGUGCCUCCAGGCGCAUUUUGUGACCGGCCGUUGUUCCUCCCCCUUACUGUGUCAGUUUAACCUAAACCCCGUUUCCUGUAUGCCUUUGUUUCCCAUUAGUACAGCGGAGAUGAGAAUUGUUUGUUUGGAGCGACUUUGAAAUUGAAAGACUUUGUUUGGUUGAAACUGCGGCACUUAAAAACACCCAACAAUAGCCAGGACAGAUGUGUACAGCGGCGACACGAGGUCUUGAGAUACAUGGAUGGACACGUUGAGAAAUGUGCUUUGCAAACAUAAAUUAUACCUAACUCUAGGUGCCAGUCAGUUCCCCCUGCAUUUGUUAACGCUGCUGCAGCGGAAGAAGUCGCGUUGUUGAUCCGCGUUCGUCUCCCGAGAGCCGAUUGGCUGAAAUACAUUCGUAAACAUUU